GAUGGUUCAGGUGGCCUCAGUGUCCUUGAGAGCAACUUGUACCUCGCGUGUAGGAAAGUGACUUGGAAAUCGCUUCGAGAACUUGUUUUCAAGUCAUGGGAACCUUUUUCUGAAGCUACGACUUUUUCCUCAGAACAUCUCUCAUUCCCGACCAGAGUGAGAGGAGGAACACACAUGAAAAAACAUCUCUAACUCCGAAAUUUUUACAUGAUAGUGGUCGCCACAGCGUUGAACCGACACAAGCCAAAGAGCUCUUCGACUCCUGGGAAAAAGACGAUGUUGUCUAACUCAUUUGCCGCCACUCACACGUGAUUCAUCCCUUUCACUCCCGAUGCUGGAGGACCAGAACUCAUCGUGGUCUCUGAUUUGUAAGCUGUGCAGCUCUACUUAGAAGGGCAUCGAUAUGAGAUCUGCCGGCGCAGCACUCAUUUCAAAGGACGACCAUCCAAUGUCUCAUCUGAUUUGAAUUGUUCAAGUCAAGUGGAGGCGUGCUAAGAGACGCAAAAGCUGCCUAUUUCCGGCUACCUGGAGCUUGCGAAGUUGUGAGGCGCAGCCACGGUCGAACAUGAUGUUCUACAGUAGCUGUCGUUUCAGUUACGUCCAUACGUAGCAGCUAUAAAUAUGAAUUCCAGUUCAUUUCUAAGCACUCGCAGCAUCAACCUCGUCGAAAAUCUUGUCCCAUCAUUCUAAGAGAUCAGUCAGUGUGCAAGCAAAUCUUCUGUGGAAAACAUUGUGAGUAUGCUGUACGCUGUACUCUGAAGUGGAGAAUGUUCGAGACCUGAAAGAGCUAGUACGUGACAGUUGACUCUUGUCAGGCAUUGCAGCAGUGAGAGGCAGCUGCCUCGUUGCUUGUCUACUAGCCAUGACGAUACUGCCCUUGGAGACGGGAGAUGCGGAAACACUUCAAGGUUCAUCAGACAAGCACCCCGAUUCAGGCGGCAUCACUCCCCGCGCCAUCUAUAGAAAUGAUUUUCCCCAAGAAUUUGUAUUCGGCUGUGCAACUUCCGCUUAUCAGAUAGAAGGUGGUGCGUUUACAGACGGAAAAGGAAAUAGUUCAUGGGACUACACUGCUCACCAGCCAGGAGCAAUUCUCACGGGAGAAAAUGGCGAUGUUGCUUGUGAUAGCUACCACAAGUAUGAGGAGGACGUAUGUCUUCUGGCAAACCUGGGAGUCGAUGCAUAUCGCUUUUCUAUUGCGUGGACACGUAUCUAUCCAGACGGAGUGGGUGAGAUCAAUCAAUUUGGUGUCAACUACUACAACCGCCUCAUCGACAGUCUUUUGGCCAAAGGAAUUGUGCCAUACGUUACCCUGUACCACUGGGAUGUACCACAAGCAUUGAUAUUCAAAUAUGGUGGUUGGCAAAAUGAACAAAUCGUAAAUGAUUUUGCAGUGUUCGCUGAGACUUGUUUCGACCUCUUCGGUGAUCGAGUCAAGCAUUGGAUCACAGUGAAUGAGCCCACUGUCGACUUGGCUCUGAACAGCGGCUGCGUAACUACCGCCGACUAUAAUUGCACUGAAUCGAACAAACAACAGCGACGAUACAUUGCCGGACACAACAUGCUCCUGGCGCACGCGACGUCUGUGAAGAUCUUCCGCGAGAAAUACCAGGCUUCGACCGGCGGUAUUAUAGGCAUCAGUCUUGACAUUCAGUGGUUCGAGCCUCUCACAAACUCCGAAGCAGAUAUCAGAGCGGCCGCCACUGCUCUUGCUUUCCGUGGAGGAUGGUUCAUGGAUCCCCUUUUCCACGGUGAUUAUCCGCAGGAGAUUAAGGAUGAGAUGAAUUAUGCUCUGCCGGUUUUUACUGAGGAGCAGAAGAUACUGGUGAAAGGUUCUGCGGAUUUUAUCGGGGUUAACUAUUACACAGCUGAAUAUAUUUCUUCCAAAGCGUUACUUGGGUUCUCGAACGAGCCAGCAUUUCCUGUAACUUACCCUUCGGAUGUAUAUGUGGGAAAAACUAAACACGGUGAAGCAAUUGGCCCUGAGGGUGCGUCGGGCCUCAACAUCGUCCCUUGGGGGUUGGAAAAGUUGCUUGUAAAGUUAAAGGAACUUUAUGGAAAUCCUGUUUUUUAUAUCACCGAAACAGGCGUAUCAGAGUUGAGGAAUCCCAACAAUUCACUUGAGGAAAAUCUGAAUGACGAGAUCAGAGUUCAGUAUCUCCACGAUCAUUUUGAAUAUGCCCUGAAUUCUGUCAAGAGAGGUGUCCAACUCCGUGGAAUAUUUGCUUGGUCAUUGAUGGACAACUUUGAGUGGUCAUGGGGAUAUGAUUACAAGUUUGGCCUUCACUACGUGGAUUUCGACGACGGCCAAAAACGCUAUCCUAAAGCCUCUGCAUUGUGGCUCAAGCAGUUUCUGCAAUAGCCCAGUCCAGAAUUUAGAGAAAGUCCAGCAUAGCCCAAUCCGGUGUAGGAUAAAAUUGAAAUUAGAUCAGUUCGACCUGCCGGGCAUAUUCAACUAAAUCCAAUACAGCUGUUUAGCCACGUUCAAAAAAUGAGUGUGGCAGGAUUGCAUUGACUCCUUAGAUCUUCGGAAAGGUAUCUUGGAAAAUGGGGAGCCAUUGGGGGCAAGAUACUUCGAUGCAGAAAUGAUUAGUGGUCUUAUGCCAUUUUUUCCGAACGUGUGAAUGUGCAUAUCAUGUUCACACACCUUUCGAUAUCUUAUAAAAAAAUCUUCCAACUUUACUCGAGUGAG